CCGCCAGUUGUUGGCCAGUCGCACCGGCCGGGAGCGGGAGCGGGAGCUGAAGCUGAAGCGGGGGGGCCCGGCUCCGCAGCCGCCGUAGCGAGUUCGUAGGCGCAGGAGGCGGUGGUGGUGAGGAGGAGAGGGGGAGCGUCGGGGUGAGCGAGUCAGAUGCGCUCGGAAUGGGGAAGCCCGUCGAUGUGGAGCUCGGCAGCGGGGCGGGAGGCCUCGAGAUCGCCGGCGGCCGAGGCGGAGGAGGACGGGGUGGGAGAGUCUGCGGCGCGAUCGGGCGGGCGGCGUCCUUCCGGUGCGUGUUCGUGCUCCUGCUCGUGGCUGGAGUGCUCAUCCCGGCGCUGUUCCUGCUCGUGCCCUCCCGCCCCAAGGGGUACCUCUCCGACGACCCAGAUGUGCUCGCAGCUGAAAUCAAGGUUGGGUUCACUUUGGAAAAACGAGUGUCAUUCCUUACUACUCACAUAGACAAACUAGGGAGUGACAUAUUUGAAGACAUUGGUGUACCUAAUAGCAAGGUUUCCAUUGUUUCAAUGCGCCCCUUAACUUCCAAAUACUCCACACAUGUUGUUUUUGGUGUUCUUCCUUAUCUAAAAGAUGCUUCAAUAAGUUUGCCGGCCCUAAGUGUGCUGAGAUCAUCUUUAAUAGAGAUGAUGCUCCAGCAGCUGAACCUAUCCUUGACACCAUCACUUUUCGGGCAUCCAACUUCCUUUGAGCUUUUGAGAUUCCCUGGUGGAAUUACUGUGAUUCCUACGCAGUCUGGUUCCAUAUGGGCGAGCACAGAUCUCCUAUUCAACUUUGUGCUGAACAACUCCAUUUAUCAGAUCUUGGGUAAUCUUACAGAGCUAAAAGAACAGCUGAAACUUGGAUUGAACUUGAGGUCAUAUGAGAAAAUAUAUCUGCAGUUCAGGAAUGAGAUUGGUUCUUCAGUUGAAGCUCCAGCAACUAUUGGGGCAUCGGUGUUAGAUGGAAGCAGUAAUCUUUUACCAGAUAGAUUGAAACAACUAGCUCAGCUAAUCACAGAACCUGGUGCGAAGAACCUAGGGCUUAAUCACUCUGUAUUUGGUAAAGUAAAAGGUGUUCAGCUGUCAUCAUACCUGCAACACUCGAUUUCGGAUAUGUCUCCUGGUCCAUCUCCAUCUCCUUCACCAUCUCCAUCUCCUUCUCCAUCCCCAUCACAAUCACCUUCUCCAAGUAUGCCACCAUCCUUGUCACCGUUUGGAAGCAUCCCCCCAACAUAUAUGAUCCCGAGUUUCCCUCCUCAAGCUUCUCCGCCUUUAUGGAGCAGACACACCUGCUUUCCAUGUUUUAGUUGUAACAGCUUUCCUCCAUCUGGUAGUCCUAUGGUAAACCCACCUUGCAUCAGUAGACACCCUAAGCUGCCCCCGUUUCUGCAUGCGCCAAAGCCAUCUAGUGUUCCUUCCCCUCGAACACACCUUUCUCCAGUGUUUCCACCAGUUCCUGCUCAUGUAAAUGCUCCCCGUCCCUUACCAACUCCCAACCAUUUUCCAAAAACAGCCCCUGGACCAACUUCACAAAUGAUGCCAAUACCUUCACCCUCACUGCCUGUAUUUCAACAUCCUAUGCCCCCAAUGAAAAAGCGAAAUAGAAGAACACCUAAGUUCCCUGCAAUUGCUCCGUCUCCAUAUGCUCUCCUUCGUACCUGAAGUUAUGCUUGGUUGGAUUGCUUCGCCCGUUGGUCAUGCAUCAUCACAAAACCUAGCCAGAAUACAAGGUCACUGUGGUUGCAAUUUUGCUGCUUCAGAUAUAACCAUGAAUCACGACCAUGGGCUAUGAUAUUGCAAAGGUCGGGUUCUGUUUAUCGGUAACUUUUAGCCAUGUGGUGAAUUCUGGUGCUUCUGAGGUGGGAAUGUGGGAUUAACUGUAGAUAUAGGUCCAUAUUAUGCUAAUGUACCAGGGUUUUAUGCCACGAAGGUGGCCGCCCCACACCUCUACCAAAUUGUAAGUUCUCACCGAAGGGUUUGGGGCUUAUGGUAGAGGAGAAUGUAACGAGUCCCGUACUGGUGUCCUCUUUCUGUGGUAUGACUCUUUUCCUUGUAGCAUAUUGAGCAUAAUACAACACCCAACUUUGCCGCAACGUUUCAUUGUGUUCUACUUGUUGUACAUCGAACUUUUAAAUCAUGUGAAUAAUUUGCUUU